AUGUCGGGCGCCAGGACUUCGUUUUAUCGACCGACCGGCCAAUCGCGCCGUGCCGUCCGUAAUCAACAACAAUUCGAUCAUGACGUCUUCGAAGGCCUACCCAUCCGUCGUUGGAACAGACAAUGGAUGUGGUACGCCAAAAAGAACGUGCCCCCACCACCCCCACCCGAAUUGCCCCUACCGAAGGAAACUCACCUCCUAACCCCUAUGUCCCAAACUCUUCUCAAAGCUGCUCGAAACGGGACGUUGGGAAAACCACAGGAUGAAGAAGCAGCGGAGGAUAUUUCGACCGAGAAGAAGAUAACGGGGAGCACUCGAUUAUUCAUGACAAACAAAUGGACGGUUAUUGCACGUGAAGAUGAACCUGCCGAGCCUGAAUAUUUGGGACGACCGCCGGAUACAUUCAGUCGACACAGUAGAUUGGUGAGGAAGAUGGUUAAUGGGAAGGUUAUAAUUGUAGAGGAAGAGUUGGAGGAGAUGUAUACUGAGGUUCCAGUGCCAGGGGUUGCUGUGGAUGGAGUUGUUGCUUCGCCCGCGCAGCCGAUUAAGAGACGUCCACCGCCACCGAAGAGGAAGCCUGGUAGAGGAAGAAAACCUGGGUUUAAGAAGAUGGUUACUUUCUCCGAGGAUGGCAGGGCUUUGCCGACGGGUGAGGGACAUGCAACACCAAGUGGGACAGCUGGAAACGGCGGAGAGGGUGAAGGGGAUGGAGAUGGAGAAGGAGAGGGUGAAGAUGAUGUUGAAAUGGGGGAUGCCGAAGACGGAACUCCUGAUGAUCAAGAUAACGAUGGGGAAGACGGGGACGGGGAGAAUGAUGUCGAGGCUACUCCUCUUGGAGAAGCGGCAACUCUAGAAGUCACGGCGGUGGCGGCAGCAGCAGCUCAGGUUAAGAAGGAAGAAACAGUGGAACCUAUGGAGGUUUCAUCACCGACUCCAGCAGUUGCUGCUUCCAUCCCAUCGAUCGCUGAGGUUGUCGAGCAGAAGAUCAAGUCUCCUACCCCCGUUGCAGCUCCUGCAGCAAUCAAGGAACCUACUCCGGAAGAAACGGCCCCCGAACCAGUCGUGGAAGUGGCCCCUGAAGAAGUUCCAGAGCCCAUUCCUACCGUCGAAGCUCCUGCUCCAGCUGUAAAAAGUCCGACACCACUUCAACCUCCCACCACCACUACCGAAGAGACAGCGGCGGCAAGUCCAUCUGCUAAUCCUCUAAAACGCAAAUCUCCAUCCGAUGAAGGAGAAGACGAACUAAUCGAUAAAGAUCUGGAAAACCAUGAAGUAUCAAUUGCAGCUGCUGUCGCAGAGCGAGAGAGUCAUGACGAAACAUUGUCACCAGCCCCCCCUCCACCAGCUACGUCAGAUUAG